AAUAGGGAAUGCAUUUGGCCCCGAAUAUAAUUUACCAGUAUUAAUAUUAUAUUGUAUCAAUGGCAAUAAAUAAACAACAUUAGUCUAUAACAGAGUUUUACUGCAUUCCACACAGCAAAACACACUAACCCUUAAACCCUAACUCUCUCCGUCGCAAUGAAAUCCGUCGGCGUUCUAAUGGCCAUCCCAAUGCCGAGCAACCUCGCCGAAAAACUCGCCAACCGUUUCAACCUCUUCAAACUCUGGACCUAUUCUUCCAUCGAAGCUUUUUCCGAAACGCACGCCGAUUCAGUUCGUGCAUUCGUUUGCGACGCCAAAUCCUGUGCCGACGCAAAAACUAUCGACUCUCUUCCGAAUCUGGAGAUUGUUUCCACUAACAGCGUUGGAUUUGAUAAAAUUGAUAUCGGGAAAUGCAGAGAGAGAGGAAUUCGAGUUACUAAUACGCCUGAUGUGUUGACGGAUGAUGUUGCUGAUCACGCUAUUGGUCUUGCUUUGGCUGUGUUCAGGAAGAUUCCGAAUAGUGAUGGCUUUGUCAAGAAUGGGCUUUGGAAACAUUCUCAUUAUCCAUUAACUACAAAGUUUAGUGGUAAAGAAGUUGGAGUUGUUGGUUUGGGAAGAAUAGGUUCAGCAAUAGCAAAGAGAGCUGCAGCAUUUGGGUGUCCAGUUAGUUACCACUCAAGAUCUCAAAAACCAGAGGCAGGAUCAUACAAGUAUUACCCUAACAUCCUUGAUUUGGCAGCUAACUCUCAAGUACUUGUUGUCGCAUGUGCUCUAACCGAACAAACGCGACAUAUUGUGAACCGUGAAGUUAUUGAUGCAUUGGGCCCAAAAGGGGUUAUUGUCAACAUUGGACGUGGACCGAUCAUCGACGAACUCGAACUUGUGUCUGCUUUGGUCGAAGGACGGUUAGGUGGAGCAGGCCUUGAUGUGUUUGAGAAUGAACCCGAUGUUCCGGAGGAGUUAUUGAGCCUUGAUAAUGUUGUGCUCACUCCUCAUGUAGCAAGUGAUACUGAAGAAACUUGCAAAGACAUGGCAGAUCUUGUGAUUGCAAACUUGGAGGCUCACUUUAGUGGCAAGCCACUUUUGACACCAGUCUUGUGAUUUCAUUGAUUGACUUAUUAUAUAUUGAAUAUUGGUGCCAAUGUUACAUAAUUUAUGGUGUUCUGGACAUUUCUUGGCUGAUGCUGGACGCAUGAUUUUAUUCAAAUAAAGCUUGUCUUUCAUUGCUGUUCUUGUAUGCAAGAAAAAAUAUGUAACAACAUCUCAAAUGCUGUCUCUUCCAUGGGUUGCAUAAUUUAAGCAAACGUUCGCCUCUUUUUCUCUUUCUA